GAAAAGUCGAAAUCUCCUUUCUUUUACUGUCUAUGAUAAUCUCGCAUUAAAGAAAUUUGGACUACGCUGCUAGCCGUACUGAAUUAACAGCCGUCCCCAAGUCAGUUUUACUUGCAAGUCAAUGCUUGCAAAACAAUAAAUCCUGUCGCAUGUAGAUUUUUAACUCAAAACUCUCCAGAAUGGCUUUUCAGUGUCAACGAGACUGCUAUAUGAAAGAGUUUGUUACCUCUGUGGUGUCCUGCUGCCCAGCUGAGCUCAAACAUGAAGUCAGUGGAAAGAAGGAAACUCUCAAGGGAUUCAAUGUCAAACUCCAAGACACCAUCUUGUUUCCUGAGGGAGGCGGUCAACCAGAUGACCAUGGGCUGAUUGGUGAUGUCCCAGUGUUGAGGGUGACCAGACAGGGGCCUGAAGCCGUCCACUUUGUGGGCUCCCCUCUGGGGGUGGGUCAGGAGGUGCGGGUGCAGGUGGACUGGGAGCGGAGGUUUGACCACAUGCAGCAACACUCAGGUCAGCAUUUGAUCACAGCUUUGGCAGAUACACUUUUUGGAUACAAGACCACAUCAUGGGAACUGGGGCGUCAGAGAAGCACCAUUGAACUGGACACUCCCUCGGUGAAGCCUGCCCAGCUUCAGGCCCUGGAGGAAGCCAUAAACGAGAAGAUCAGAGUCCAUGUCCCUGUCACUAUUCAGCUUCUCUCUAUAGAUGAUCCUGCUGUGGAAAAGGUGAGGAGUCGAGGGCUGCCAGACGACCACGCAGGCCCAAUUCGGAUCGUUGAUAUAGAGGGCGUCGAUGCCAACAUGUGCUGUGGAACCCAUGUGUCUAACCUCAGUCACUUACAGGUGAUAAAGCUCCUGGGAACUGAGAAAGGAAAGAAAAACAAAACCAACCUGAUCUUCCUGGCAGGAAACAGGGUUCUGAAGUAUGCUGAGAAAAGCUACAGCACAGAGCGAUCACUGGUGGCUCUACUGAAAACCGGGCCUGACGACCACGUCAACGCCGUUGACAAGUUGCAGAAGUCUGUCAAGUUACUACAGAAAACUAAUCUGAGCCUGCUUCGAGACAUGGCCGUCCUCAUCACUCAGAACUUCAAGAACGACCCCCACAGAGGAAACCUUUUCAGCUUGCACAAAAAAGAGGGUGACAAUGAGUUCAUGAAUAUCAUUGCCAACGAAAUAAAUACUGAGGAAACUUUGGUUUUCCUGACUGUUGGAGAGGAGAAAGGACCGGGUUUGUUUCUACUCGCUGGACCCAGUGGACCAGUGGCUGACCUGGGACCGCGGGUGUUAGAGAUGCUCCAAGGGAAGGGGGCGGGGAAAACCGGACGUUUCCAGGGCAAAGCCAACAGCCUCGCGCGGAGAGGGGAGGUGGAGGCUCUCCUGCAGCAGCACUGCAAACAUCACACCUCAGAGGAAGAAUAAACCCAGCGGGGGUUCAAUACAAAUCCAACUUUU